AUGUUCCCCUCCCUUAACUCAAUCAAGAAACCCAAAAAGAGUUUCAAUUUACUGCAUCUUGAGACAUAAGAAUAAUACUUUCUCUCACUCAAAGUGGCAUUGAUACCUAGCGUAAAAAGUGAUGAGUAAGAUAUUUGUAUAUUGAAUCUAAUUUCAGAAUUCGAGGCAAAUUACAUCUUUGUUCUCGUUCGUUAGUUUUUGAGCCUAAAUAAACCUAAUUGCCCUUGAUGAAAAUGAAAUAUAGCAAUGGACUCUUUAUGAAAGUACUCAAAAAUUUCGAACCAAAAUCACUUAGUCUUCUGCUUAGUAUUCGUUGGGGCUAUCAAUUAAUGUAGGAAGAAAUCGAUCAACUCGAUUUAGCAUCAAUUUUAAAUUAAUAAAAGGGAGAAUAAGUUUCUACUAUUAUUGAUUACUAAAUUAGAAAUCCAACGAACUUUUAGAAAAGCUAUACAAUAAAUAACGAAAGAACAUGAUUUAAUUAGCAUCCAACUGUUUCUUCAUUAAAGUCGAUAAACUCUUUAUUGUUAAUCGCAAUCCUAUAAGUCCUUACAUCACUGAAACUGUAUAACACUAAUUCUAUAUCUAGUGCGAUGAUAAUAUUGUGUUCACUAUAUCCAAAUCUAAUUCCAAACAAAUCCUUAUUCGUUAUCUUAAAUUGUAUUAGGCAAUUAAUUAAGCUGAAGAUGAAGCCACAUUCAUAAACUAAACUAUUCAACAAACCUUAAGUGAUAGUCUUUUUGAACAUAAAUAAAAUGCUGGAUCUGAAGGUCAUAAAAUUGAAUUUGUUCAUAAAGGUAAAUCUUCAUUACUAAAUAUAUAUUAGCCAAACUUAUUAAACCUGAAGGAGUAAUUUAUGGACUAUUCAGUAUUUAAAGAGAAGAAAUCUUGUUAUUUAUUCCAUUAAUUAAUUCACCUAAGGGAAAAAUUAUGCAAUUCAUGUUCACUGAUAUUAAAUAUUUUCUCAAAUAUAGAUACAUGUUCAAAAAUAACGGACUUGAAUUUUGGAUGUACAACAAAAAGAGGUCUUAUCUUUUUGUGUUUGAUGACUAAAAUACUUAAGAGUCAAUCUUUAAAUAUUUUUAAAAAAAAGCAACUAAACAUUGUUUAUCUGCUUUGACAAGAGAAAAAAUUAUUGAGGAAUGGGUUAAUGGGAAUAUGUCUAAUUUUGAUUAUUUGAUGGCAUUAAAUACUUUGGGUAAUAGAAGCUUCAAUGAUCUCUCUGCUUAUCCUGUUUUCCCAUGGGUCAUAGCAGAAUAUAAUGAAAAGGAUUUUAAUGUUAAUUCUCCCUCUUUUUUUAGAGAUCUUUCAAAACCUAUGGGUGCAUUAAAUAAACAUAGAUUACAAAAAUAUAAAGUAAUCACUAAAAUAUAAAUAUGUAGGCCUUCUAUAAAGAUCAAUUAAAAGAUAAAAAACAGGAUCCUAAACCAUAUUUAUACCCAACACAUUAUUCUAGUCCAGGAACUGUAGUUUACUAUAUGAUCAGAAAAAUACCAGAGUUUGUGAUAAAACUAUAAAAUGGUGUUUUUGGACCUACAGAUAGAAUAUUCAGAGGUAUUGAUUCUACUUGGUUUACUACUCUAAAUCUUCAUGCAGAUUCUAAGGAACUUGUACCAGAGUAUAUAAUUUGAUAAAAUAGAUUUUAUGGAUUAGAUAGUGAUUUUUUAGUUAAUUGUGAUAAAUUAGAAUUGGGAGUAACUUAAGAUGGAGAAGUUAUUGAUGAUGCAGUUAUACCAGCAUGGGCUGAAAAUGCUCCAGACUUUUUAGCCAAAAUGAGGAUUGCUUUAGAGAGUCCUUAUGUUUAAGUUAAUCUUCCUUUGUGGAUUGAUUUGAUUUUUGGAAAUAAAGCUUCUGGAAAUGAAGCUGUUUUAAAUGAUAAUUUAUUCUAUCCUUAUACUUAUGCAGAAAAUGUUAAUUGGGAUAAGUGUAAAACUGAAAUUGAAAGACAAGCCUUAGAAAUAUAAGUUACUGAAUUUGGUUAAGUACCUGUGUAAUUAUUCUAAGCACCUCAUCCUUAGAGAAAGUUGAAAAUAUAAGGAAAUUUAAAAUAAUUAGAAGAAGAGAAGAAAGAUCUUAAAUAAUAAAAUUAAAAUUUAUAAAAUAAAAUUUAAAAAUUAACUCAGUAAAUCUAAUAGAGUUAAGAUAAAGAACUAGUUUAAUAAUUGUAAACUCAAUUGGCAGCUCUCUAAUGGGAAAAUGAAAAAUUAAAAUUCAAUCUUGAAACUUUUAAAUAAGAAAUGAUUGCUAAUAAAGAGGUUAUAUAAACAUUUAAUUCAUAAUUUGAUUAAGAAGAUUUUGAUAAGAAUGGCUUUGAUUUUUUAAAUGAUGACAGCCUAUUGGAUAGUUCAAAAAAACCUAAUUCCUGA